GUCCCCAUUUCUGAUCCAGAACACUGCAACUCUUAGUUACAUUAUGUAACUGUGGUAGUAUAUAUGUUUUUUACAGAUCAGUAAAUAUUUCUAAAAUGCAAGUCAUUUGAGAAAAGCCGUCCUCUAGAUGAGCAAGCAACACUUAGUAACUAAUGACUACAUUUCCCACAAUCCCAAAGGGCAGCGGUCCUCCUCUUGUGACGUCACGAACGCUAGGUGCGCUGAAAAUGGUGACGUUAAACGACGAGCUUCAGCUGAGCUGUCACCAGCUGUUCGCCGAGGAAAUAAAAAAGUGACGGGGGGCAAAAUUGUGCUACAUUUUCCACGCAGAUUUUUUUUUUCAGCACAAAGUGGUCGAAAUAAAUACCUAAACACUGUGCACAAGGACCGGAGGGGCAGAAGUAGUCGGGACAGAAAGACGAACACACAACGGCACAAACACGACGGAGGAGAAGGAGAGAUUUGGAAUUAUAUAACAAGAUUGGGAUAAUAUCGAAUUCAGACUAAAAACGGUGCUGCUUCCUCUAAAGUGCAUCGGUUGCUGUCUGUGACGCUCAAGAAACCCGAAAGCUUCGCCGACUGCCUCAGCUCUCCCCCGGGUCGUGGGGUUGUGGAGGCGGCAGGAGGAUGAACGUGGGAACGGCGCACAGCGAGGUGAACCCCAACACGCGGGUGAUGAACAGCCGGGGGAUCUGGCUGUCCUACGUCUUGGGAAUCGGGCUGCUGCACGUCAUCCUGCUGAGCAUCCCUUUUGUCAGCGUGCCUGUGGUCUGGACCCUCACCAACCUCAUCCACAACAUGUGUAUGUACAUUUUCCUGCACACGGUCAAAGGGACACCCUUCGAGACCCCAGAUCAGGGCAAGGCCCGUCUCCUCACACACUGGGAGCAGAUGGACUAUGGAGUGCAGUUCACCGCCUCUCGAAAGUUCUUAACCAUCACACCCAUCAUCCUGUACAUCCUAACCAGCUUCUACACAAAGUAUGACCGGAUCCACUUCAUCAUAAAUACGGUUUCCCUCGUGACUGUGCUCAUUCCCAAACUGCCCCAGCUGCACGGCGUCCGGAUCUUCGGCAUCAACAAAUACUGACGCCCUGGAGGACUCUGACCCUGACCCCUGUCCUUGCAACCCUCAGCUGAACCCCGCAAACUCGUGGUCCCCUUCUACCCUGGCAGAGGAGGGACACCUGCAGGACUGGUAAUCCAGUGCAGCACAGCUUUUCACACCUCAGUGUUACAACGGGUUUUGGACUACAGCCAUGAGAAACUAAGUUCAGAAGACCCAGAGAAAACAAGUGACUGGUUGCCUGCUGUGCAAAAGCCCUUAAACUUUGUCUGCUGAGCUUA